UGGCGUCCCGGUAUCUGUCACCAAUGAUGACGUCAUCAGUAUGACGUAUUCUUCUCUUGUGCUGAAAAAUGGGAUCAGAGUGUGGACAGCCGAUUACAAUUUGCACACACCCGCCCCGAACUCCACGAUGUUGCGGUGUGGAUACGUCACUGUGACCGACUUUGCACAUCCUCACGGAGAUGUCAUUUACGGAGACUGCCGAGCUCUCAAGUUCUUUAUUUGCUGUAAGAACAAAUCAGAAUCCAAAUGUCCUGAUAGUGAGCUGCACGUGCAUAGAGGCACGUGGUACGAGGCUGCAUCCUGUCGCAUCAAUGUUUCGCUCGGAUCUCAUCGACCACAAGAUCUUGUGACAGGCGGCGAAUAUUGGACGUACAGUGUACAUAAAAUAGAUAUCACGUGGAACAGUAUAGGCAGCGACACUGACGCGAAUGUGACGGGAGGAGAUGCACCGGCACAGUGCGGGAUCACUUCCGGUUCCCUGACCACCACCAGGCCGCCACAGUUUAUCAACUGCACCUCGUUACUGCUUCCGGCCUUCUGCAGAUUUAGUGAACCUCCCUCCUAUUUUUUUUCAGCAAUCUCUGUUUCCAAGAUCGUAUUACAUACCCUAUCUCUGUGACACCAACAAGCCUCCCUGUGACGUCACCAAGCAUACACGUGACGUCAUCAAGCCCACAAGUGACGUCAUCAACCCCACAAAUGACGUUAUCAAUCACUAUUCGGACUUCUCCAGUGGUGUCAAUAUCUCAAUCAGCCGGUCCUUCACAACCUGGCACGUCUGUGGAGCAGGGACCGAACUGGCCGGGCACAUGGACUGUCGGGGCGGCAUAUAACCGUGACACAACCAUUUCACACUUUGAACCGGCAGUGAGCGAAGGCCACACCCUGAUUAUCGGUCUCACAACGGGAGCUGCAUGUGUGCUGGUCAUUACUAUCCUUCUCAUGGGAUUCAUCCUACGAUUUAGAAGAAGAAAGUCGCAAUCAUCUUUGAUUCACAACGACAUCAGUAUGAACAACGCAUCUGAAGCAUCAGCACCAAGGCGCGGCAAUAAUAAUAUACACAAUAACACCUACAGUAUUUCUGCUAUAAACCACGCCUGUCCGGAAUAUGAUGAUGUUCCCAACGACCUAUAUCAGAACAGGCAAUCGGGCGAUGGUUUCGCCGACCCAAACGAAAAUAACCACACAAACAGUUUAAAGGAUAAAGUCGACCAUAAGAAUAGCUUCCAGCACCUAGCUGCAGU